AUGGCUGCCUUCCAAGCAGUCGAUCCGGGUUCGACUCCCGGCACACGCAACUCCACUUUUCCUCCACCCACCACGCCUUCAUUCGCUCUCCAUCACACACCUCCCUCCAUCAUCCAAAUCCGCUUUAUGCUGAUGCGGAAGGUGACGUCUUCACUCAGUGGUAUUUGCGCAUUGGUAAAUUGUCUACUGGUGGCGGCCAGCCAUCGCCUCACCCUACCCACUCUCUUCUUCUCCUUCUCGCAUGUUGCCUAUCUCACUGCUUUCCUCUUGGUGCUUCACUCAUGCACGCCGAUGGUGCUGCUUUGGCACCGAUCCCAUUGCCGCCCUUGCCGAACAGAAUACUGGCAUAGCUAA